CAAUUAUGUACCUAAAUUAUACGGGCAUCCACAUAAUAUUUCAUCGAAAAGGCACCCACCCCCUUUGAAAAACCAAGUUAACGCUCUCCAUAUAUGACAAUAUGCGGACAAAUAAUCGGAUCAAAAUCAACUAAUAGGUUGGUAUUGAAUAUUGAUUGAUCUUGAGAGAUGGUGACUUCAACAGAAAUAGUGAAAAAGCUCAAUUUGCAAGCUCAUGUUGAAGGUGGAUUCUUUCAUGAAAAUUUCAGAGAUCAUUCUGUUUCUGUCUCCAAAUCCCAACUACCCCCACAGUACAAGGUUGAUCGCCCUGUAAGUACAGCAAUCUAUUUCUUGCUGCCUUCCGGUAGUGUGUCGAAACUCCACCGGAUUCCAUGUGCAGAAACCUGGCACUUCUAUUUGGGAGAGCCCUUAACGAUACUGGAGCUUAAUGAGAAGGAUGGAAGUAUCAAGUUAACUUGUCUUGGUCCAGAUUUGAUGGAUAAUCAGCAACCCCAGUACACUGUGCCUCCUAAUGUCUGGUUUGGUUCCUUCCCAACAAAGGAUAUCAGCGUUUCUCCAGAUGGUGUGGCAACCAAAGCUGCCCCCAGGGACAAUGAGAACCACUACUCCCUUGUCGGAUGUACUUGUGCACCUGCUUUCCAGUUCCAGGACUUCGAGUUGGCAAAGCGAAGUGAGCUCAUUUCGUAUUUUCCGAAAUAUGAGUCUCUUAUUUCUCUCCUUACUUCUGCUGACUGAAUUUUCCCAUUACUUGUUAGUGACCGGUUUUAUAAGCUACUCCUACGAAGUUGCCCCCUGCCCUAUAUACUACCUUUAGAUUUUGUAUGUUGUCUUGUGUUGGAAUUGGUUAAUAAACCCUCUAUCAGACAUUUAGAGCUUGGUAGAUUCAUCAAGAAUUCUCUUUUUGAGGAAAUCUUCCUAAUGUUUUCUUUUUUCCGACUUUAUUAAUAAAGCUUGGUUAACUUUUGCAAAAA